AUGGGCAUCGUUUUUAACAACAGUGAUGAAAAGGACGCUUCUCCACUUAUAGGCCCACAGUACAAGAGAAUUGUCACAAAGGAUGGCCACAGUAAUCUCAAGAUAGAAGCCCUCCCUGGAAAAAGCAUUGAACACCUAAGAGAUAUCUGGUCUAUCUUGGUGGAAAUGAGAUGGCGCUGGAUGUUACUGACUUUCUCUGGAGCUUUUGUAGCUCACUGGCUCUUCUUUGCCUGCUUUUGGUAUUUAUUGGCAUACACACACGGUGAUUUAGAAGUAUUAGAUCAUAACAAUCCACCAGAAAACCAUACCAUCUGUGUGAAAUAUAUUGACAGCUUCACCGCAGCUUUCUCGUUCUCGCUGGAAACUCAGCUUACAAUUGGCUAUGGAACCAUGUACCCUGAUGGUGACUGCCCAGCUGCCAUUGCUCUCCUCGCAGUCCAAAUGCUGUUGGGACUCAUGGUGGAAGCUUUAAUUACAGGUGCCUUUGUGGCAAAGAUUGCCAAACCAAAACUUAGAGCAACUGCAAUUAAAUUCAGUUACUUUGCUACUGUAGCGCAACAUGAAGGGGAACCAUGCUUGAUGUUCAGAGUAGCCAACAUAUGGCAAAGUCCAUUAACAAAUGUUAAAGUAACGGCCAUUUUAUAUAAGGAGUACAAAACUCAACACCUUUAUCAGACAAACAUCGAUUUUUGCAUUGACCAUUUGAACUCUAAUAAAUGCCCAUACCUCAUCUUUCCAGUAAUGUUCUAUCACACCAUCAAUCAACAUAGUCCUCUCUAUCCACUGAUUCAAGGAAAGAUGCCACCCUACUACGAGAUAGUAAUUUUUUUGUCAGCAGAACAGGAAGGUACUGGAGAGACUUGCCAGAAGAGAACCUCUUAUAUUCCUGAAGAAAUCAAACUCAACCAACAGUUUGCUCCUGUGAUAAGCUGCACUUUGAAAGGGUACUACAAAAUUGAUUUGGACAACUUUGACAAGACAAUUCCAAGAUUUCCUAUGCUAUUUAAUACAAAGGAUGCAAAGCAGAAUGAUUUUGUUGUCAACAUCAGUGAUCGUGCUGAUACUAUGAUAUUCCAUGAUAGUGCUGUCUGA